GGGAAGAUAUCUCAACGCUGAACGCUCCAAUAACUUGCUUCUUUGCUAGGCUAUGCAAGAAAAGCGAUAGGCCGCUACGUGGCGGGAUUCACUGGACACCAGUCCCGAAUGCGACACUCGUAGCCUACCUUUCGUUGCAUCAUUAGCAAAGAUGACUUCCACAUAGCCACUUGAUCUCGAUGUAGUUCCUUUUAGUGCCGACCUUAACUUCUUUCCCUCACCAACUACUUGACUAUCUUCUUAUAUCGUCGAUUCUCCUACCCAACACUCCACUCGAAUUGUUUAGUAACCAUUUUUGAGAACUCACUCUGUCUAUCGUUGACGGUCAAAAAUUGGCACGAUGACAAGCCUAUGCGAAUGUGACCACCCCGUCGUCGAUAAAUUACCGGAAGUCGCGUGGUGUUGUGUCCAAUGCUGGACCCCGGUUCGAAAAGAUGAAGAGCUUCCAGACCCGAGCACACGAGAGGAAGUGAGACACCGCGUACUUAAGAGGUCAUCACUAGACUUAUCAUGGCCACGAAGUGUCCAAUAUAUUAAUAACACCGGCCUUGCCGAUCGUGUUAUUCGUGCCUUCGAGGGAAGCAUAUACAAGCCAGACCAAAUAACCGAUAUUUCACAUCCUAACGAUGGCGGGGAUCCAAGAGUUCAUCUUCCGAUGCAAAAUAUGAACCCCGUGACAUACCAGUACUAUCAGUACCAGCCCCUGGAUACUACGCCACCCACAACACGAAACCUACUUAUUAGAAUCCUCCAGUUGUCUAGGGGUGAGCCUGAGGACCCGAUACAUGGAAGAUUAAUCAUUGCAUCCACCGAAAGUAAGCUGAGUUAUGAGGCUAUUUCAUAUACGUGGGCGAACGAGUCAGGCGACAGUGGAAGGCGGCGGCCUCUGUAUCUCGAGAAUAAUUGGUAUAGGCUUCCUAUUACCGAAAAUUGCGAGGCGGCGCUUCGACGGUUCCGAAAUAACGAAGAACCAAGGUACCUAUGGGUAGACUCCGUAUGCAUUAACCAAGAGGAUGCCGACGAAAUACGCGAACAGGUCGGGUUGAUGCCUGAGAUAUAUUCUCAGGCGCAGAAGGUUUUAGUCUACCUAGGAGAAGGCUCGCAGGACACAAGUAAUGCGAUGUUCGCUCUCAACUCAGAUGAACAAUCGGUUCAAGAAUAUGUGAAGAACGGCUAUUACUUUGACGAAAUAAAAUUGCUAUUUUCUCGUCCUUAUUUCUCUCGCAUCUGGGUUAUACAGGAAUUAGCUCUGGCUAAAGCUGCUAGCUUUUAUCAUGGGUACGACACUCAGUCGCUCGAGCUUUACCAUUCCCAGGAGAAAAUUGAGCGCAUGUUUAAGGAAGUUCAUGCUGAAAAAGUCCUGCCUCUUUGGCUACAGCACUGCGGAAGGCGGAAGCUGAGUUCCUGGGAAGAAUUCGGGAGUUUGAUAUUCGACGGCAUAUCUAACGAGGCUUCGAGACCAGAAGAUAAGAUAUUCGCCUUCUUCGGCAUGAUGGAUGGCGCGAGCAUGGAGGGACUGGUUGCAAAUUACAAUCUGGCAUUAGAACAGGUUUAUACCGGCAUCGCCGCUUUCUUGAUGUCCAAAGGUUACUUAAUGAGCCUCUUGGAACGAGCAAGAAGCGGAGGAUCCCAAUCGACACAUGAUAAUCGAUCCUUGGAUCUCCCUUCAUGGGUUCCUGACUUUUGUUGCGCGGCCCGCGACGACGAAAUUGAUCUCGAUCCUGAGUUCCGUCCAGUCUGUAUUCAACUGGACUCAUCUGAACAACGGGCACAACCUAUCCCUGAGGCUGUUCUUAGUCGGACUGGGUCCCUGAUUAUCCAUGGAUAUAGAAUACUAAGAGGUAUUGACAUGGAUGGUCCGAGAUCGAGGUACACAUGGGGCGAGGUUAGGGUCGGCUUCCAAAGAUUAUUCGACCCGGUCAUGGACAUCAUCAUGUUACCGUAUGUUAGGGAUCCUAAGCCGUACGCCCUGCAUCUUCGGAAGACUGAUAUUCAUAACCGUACCAAAUGCUAUACCUUCAUUGGGUUAUGCAAGGUUGGGCUACCUUAUACAUUCGCCGAUGGCGGCGAGAAGAUAGUGCUUCAACCUGAAUAUUUCCCUAUUCCUAACGACCCCGAAAUCCUGACGGUGCACAAAUUCCUCGAGAAAAACCCUCAUAUGGAUCUCAAGUUUAGUCCCUGGCGAUUAUGGGUUUCUUCUCAGGAAAGAGAACGUUACUCCAAUGUUAAAGGCCUUGGGUUUUCCUGGGUAUUCGGACGAGGGCCGAGCCAUCGCCGCAUGAAUCUCCUUGUCGGGCUUAUAAGAUCAGAGGCAAAUCUUAAAUCCAUCCCAUGCCAUUAUGAUAAACUAUGGUAUCAAUGUUUGCAGGCCUUUUACGUAGCUAUGUCUGCCGCAGAGAAAUACCGUAGGAAGAUAUUAAAAGAGUCCUAUGAUUCAAGCGAAGAGCUAUUCAUCGAACUUCAAAAGAAAAUUGAGCUUUGGCAGGAAUCAACACGGCACCUAGAAAAGGCGCCUUGCCCGAAAGAUAACUUCAACAAAGAUAUAUUCAAAGGCCUUUACCCUCUCCAUUCUUCGAAUUCUAUCAGACAACGUAAGAGACGUCCAGCUGCUACUAGCCGCAUCAUGCGUAGAGUGUUUAGUCAAGCACUCUCGAAUAUUGAGCACAGUAUAUCAGGCCUCCGCUCGGAAAAUUUGAGCUAUGGUAAAGGACCCGUCGACAUUAUUAAGGAAGCUGUACAACAUCUAACUAUGAAUCGGAAAUUCGUGAUACCACUGUCUCUAGUUCCUAGAAGAGAAACUGUGACAACUGAAGUACGGAGGGCAUUCGAUGUGAUUAAGUCUCGAUCAGAUCGUGAGCCGAGGUUUAACUUUAUCUCCGGGAGUCGUGAAGAAUUCAUCAUUAUUUAA